AUGAAGGCCAUCCCAAAAUAAUAGACCUUAAUUACAGUUGCUCGUCCUUGCUCCUUGUCUAAAGAGCUUACGCCAAUUUCCAUUCAUUCUCCUGACCGAUAAUUGGUGUAUGGCUUGAAAACUUAAACAUAAGCCAGAGUAUAAACUUAUGUAGGUUCUCCAUUCAUACAGUCCCCAACUUACGAUGCAAAUAAACCGCUCAUUUCUUCACCCAACUUGAAUGUCCAACCUCAAUCCCCAAAAAAAUUGAUAGACUCCUAUCAUUACAAAUAGAGGACACUUGACUAUAAAUCCUCAGGGGCAGAAUACAAACCAUUUGAAACCACUAAACAACUAAUUCCCUAAAUCAACCAACAAGAUUUUGCAAAGACCUAUCAAUUUGAUAUAAAUAAAGAGAAUAAGGAAACAUAUUCUAAUACUGAUAGAAGAACUCUGAAUAACCCAUUCUUAGAAUCAAAAGAAAACAUUAAGGUUGGACUUGAAUUUCUAAGUAUAUCUCCAAUUUAGGAAUUAGCCAAUUAGAAUACAACUAACAUACCUUCAAAAUUAACUUAAACAACCUCAAUAAAGUCGAAACUUUAAAAUGACAUCAACAAGAUUUCUAGUUCUUUGAGAGAAUUAAUAAAUUCAAUCUAAAAGCAAUUGGGAACAAGUAAUCUAACUGAUGUUCUUAAUGAUAAAAUGAUAGAUGUGCUCUCUAAUUUCAGAAAAUUGGAAGAAACAAUUGUGUCAGAUUUCUCAAAUUAGCAAUUGCCUUAGGUGAAUAGCUAACAUUCAAAUGAACAGAAAAUCUAAUCCUUGACUGAGGAUUAUAAUAAAUUGAAGGCCAUUCUAGAUUAAUUACAGAACAAAAUGGGAUCUCUUGUUUAAGAGAAUUAGAAGGUAUCAUCUAUUAUCCUAGCCUUUUAGUUAAAUAAAUAAUUGAUAGAUUAAGAGCAUUAGGUUUAAGAUGAAAGGAGGAGACUCAAGGAUGAGAAUCAAAAACUACAAUAGAAUUAAUGUGAAUUGAACAGAGUGCUGGGAUGUCUGCAACUCAACCAAAAAGAAAAUGAGGAGUUGAGGAAUCAGUUAUAAAAAUUGGAAAAAAACAUCAGCGACUCAGUGGUUUGCCGAUAAUUAUUUUAGCAAGAUGAAUAAUCAAAAGAGUUUCAACUCAAAUAUUAAAAUUUAUUAAGAGAUUAUACUCAAUUAGAAUCAAAAUAUAAAUAAGUAGUUUAAGAGAGAAACACAAGAGACAUGAAUAAAUCUCCUUCUGUCUUGAGAUCACCAUCUGGAACUCCACAUCAACAAUAGAGUAAGCAGAUGGAAUAACUUGAAUUGAAGAUACUUUAAUUGCAAAUAGAGAAUGAUAAUUUAAAAGCAGAGAUUGCUCAUAAUUAGGUUGAUUCAAGAUCGUUAGAUUAGAAGAACAAUGUGAUUGAUUAGUUGGAAGAGAAGAUAAGAUCUAUAUUAAGAGAACGCACAGAAUCUGAAGAUCACCUUUAAUAAAUUUGUUAUAAUUUGGAAAAUUAAAUUGAGUAGAUAAAAUCUAAUUUAAGUUAGAAAGAAACAGAAUUGAAUUAAAUGGCUAAACUAAAGAAGGAUGUUGAAAGAGACUUCCAAUCCUCAGUCAAAAAUCAUCAAAUAGUCCAAAAAGGACUGGAUGAUAAGAUCACAAGCAUUAAAGCAGAUUAUGAAAAAUUAUAAGCUGACUAUAAAUCUGUAGAUUAGAAACGAAUUAAGGCUGAAGAAAAUUUAAAAUCAUGUGAAAAAUCAUUAGAAUUACAAAAGUAAGAGUCGAAUUCUUUGCAAACAGAAAAUUUAAAACUUCAUGAUAAAUUGUAACAUCAAUAAAAGUAAUUGGAAUAGUUGAGUCAACAAUUGUAACAGUAUCAAUAAUCAACCUAAUAAUUGCUGAAAUAAUUGGAUAACUUGAAAGAAAUUGAGUCUCAAUAGAAGUAGGAUUUGGAUCAAUUAUAAUCCUAAUUAAGGUAGAUCAAAUAAGAUGCUAAGAAUUAGAUCAACGAUUUAAAUUAAGCUUUAGCAUUAUCAUUGACAAAAACAAAAGAGAAGGAAAAAUAAAACAUUGAUCUUGUUGAAGAGAUGAGUGCUUUGAAGGAUCAAUAUGAAGUGUAAAAGAAGAUACAAUUAGAACACAUCAAUGAAUUAGAGAGAAAACUAAAGAGUCUAAGAUCUUAAUUGGAGGAAACAAUAGAGAAUAAGGAAAAUGAAAUUAAUGAUUUAAAGCUUCACAUGGAACAAUAACUAAAGUUGAUGGAUUAAAGGAAUACUAAUUCUUAUUUUGAUUUUGAAGAAAGAGAAUAAUAGUGGAUCUAAGAUCUUCAAUAGAAAACAGAAAUCAUUGAAACAUUAAAAGGGGAGUUGGAAAAGACUAGGAGCAUCAACUAUAAUAUUCAAGAGGAUGCACUUAAGAACAACAUUUAAAAUACAUAGUUGAAUGUUACAAUUAAUAAUCUGAAAGGUGAAUUAAAUCAAGCCAAAUAAGAGUAAGCUCAUUUGAUUGACAUGCUAAAAAAAAGAAAGGAAGAAGCUGAACAAUUACAUUUAGGAUUGGAAGAGGCAAGAAAGGAAGCUUAAGCAAAAAAGAAUAUUGCUGAAGAUAAUAGAAGGACAUUGCUUAGGUAAUAGGAUUUAUAGGCAUCAUUGGAAAAUUUGUAGAGAGAUAAUUUAGUUUUGACUUAGAAGGUCAAUUCUUUGAAUAAUGAACUCUCAAGGAAAUAAAGGGAGCAUUAAGAAAAGUCUGAGGAAUACACCAUUCUUAGAAGGAAAUAUGAUGAGACAGUCUAAAAUUUAGAGAGAUUGGAAAAGAGAUGGGGAGAUAAAAUAGAAUAACAUAGAAAAAAUUGA